UUCGGGAUAGACGGACGGUGAAAUGGAUUAAUUUUAAAAGUGAACACGGCUAGUUUAAAGCAACUCCAGCGUUUGUCAAGUUUCCGCUGAUCGAAAAGCCAGGAACGCGUGGGAUCAAACUCAUCUCGCGUGUGGAAAAGUGGCGAGCUAGCCUAGCUGCUCCGGGAGGGUGUCCGAUUGGAGCGGAAGAAAUUCCAAGCAGUGGGAAGAAGGGGAGAAAAUCACUGCUGGGAUGCCUCGCGCAACUCGGAGAAAACUGUGCUUCUCAUUCCACACGGAGUCAUGACGAUAUAAACUCUAAUAAUGGACUCGCUCGACUAAUGAGACACAGCGGGGACAGUUUGGUGGUCUCGUAGCUGUUCGGGGAACGUGCCUGUUUAGCGAGCUAGCUAGCCACGUAGCUGCCUCUCUGUGGGAAGACAUUUAAAAUGGCGGAGGUUUGGCCCGUUCCUUCGGCUUUGGUCUUCAUGCUGCUGAGUUUGGGUGCCUGGGCCGGGGAGUCCUGUCCUGCCGCUUGCUCCUGUUCACAGGGACAAGAUGAGGCUUAUAUCAUGGACUGCAACAGGAGACGGCUUUCCAGCGCUCCCCAGGACCCUCCAGAUGGGACAACCCAAGUCACCCUGAACCACAAUGAGCUGACUGUUCUUCCCUUCCUUGGAGACGCUUCUUCAAACAUCACUUCACUUUCAUUAGUCCACAAUCGCAUCUCUGAGCUGUCAAUGCAUCAGCUUCAACCCUAUAUUUCCCUGGAGACCUUGGACCUCACAUCCAACUCUCUGUCCGAGCUCAAGGUUGGAUCCUUUCCAUCCAUGCAGCUGAAAUAUCUAAAUUUGAGUAACAACAAGAUCAGCAUCCUCGAGCCCGGCUGCUUUGAAAACAUCUCGAGCUCCCUGCUGGUGCUGAGGCUGAACAGGAACAGAUUAGCUGUGCUGCCGUCCAAAGUCUUCAAACUUCCACAGCUUCAGUUCCUCGAGCUGAAGCGUAACAAGAUUAAGAUAGUGGACAGCCUGACGUUCAAAGGGAUGGAUUCACUGAAGUCGCUGAAGUUGCAAAGGAAUGGCAUCACAAAACUGAUGGAUGGAGCUUUUUUUGGACUGAACAAUAUUGAAGAACUUGAGCUGGAGCACAACAACUUAACCGAGGUGAACAAAGGUUGGCUGUAUGGCCUGCGCAUGCUGCGAAUCCUGCGGGUCAGCCAGAAUGCUGUUGGCAUCAUCCGACCAGACGCCUGGGAGUUUUGCCAAAAACUGGAGGAACUAGACUUGUCCCACAAUCAUCUGACUCGACUGGAGGAAACUGCUUUCGUAGGCUUGGGCCUCCUGGAAAGUUUAAACUUGGGAGAAAACUCCAUCAGCCAUUUGGGAGAGGGAGUGUUCAGUGGCCUGGCAAGUCUGCGCUCAUUAGAUAUCCGAAAUAAUGAAAUCUCCUGGGCCAUAGAAGACUCUAUUGGUGUGUUUGAUGGGAUGAAGAAGCUGAAUACACUAAUCCUCCAGCAGAACAAAAUCAAAUCAAUCACUAAGAAAGCCUUCGAUGGCCUGGAGGAGCUGCAGCACCUGGACCUCAGCAAGAACAGCAUCAUGUCCAUUCACCCUGAGGCGUUAUCGCAUAUGAAGCUGAAAGUAUUUGUCCUGAACACGAGCAGCCUGCUGUGUGAUUGUCACAUGCAGUGGCUCGCUCCCUGGUUGACGGACAGCCAGUUCCUGCAGUCGGUUUCUGCCGUGUGUGCUCAUCCUGCAAAUCUCCUCGGUCGCAACGUGCUCUCCAUCAGCCCAGAGGAGUUUGUUUGCGAUGAUUUCCCCAAGCCCCAGAUCACAACUCACCCGGAGACAUCUGUGGCACUGCGGGGGAACAAUGUGACUCUGAGCUGCAUUGCAUCCAGCAGCAGCGACUCGCCGAUGACCACGGCUUGGCGAAAGGAUGGGGAGGUGCUGUACGACGCAGAAGUUCAAAACUAUGCCCGCUACCAGGAAGGGGAGCUCAUUUAUACCACUGUGCUCCACCUGCUCAACGUCAACUUCACUGACGAGGGCCGCUAUCAGUGUGUGGUCUCCAAUCACUUUGGCUCCAACUACUCCAACAGGGCCAAGCUUACUGUAAAUGAGCUGCCUUCCUUCCUGAAGACUCCCAUGGAUCUGACAAUCAGGACCGGGACUAUGGCCAGGUUGGAGUGUGCAGCUGAAGGCCAUCCAUCGCCACAGAUUGCUUGGCAAAAGGACGGAGGCACGGACUUCCCUGCUGCCCGGGAGCGCAGGAUGCAUGUGAUGCCGGACGAUGACAUCUUCUUCAUCGCCAACGUGAAGACAGAAGACAUGGGGGUGUACAGCUGCACGGCUCAAAACGCUGCUGGAAGCCUGUCUGCGAAUGCUACCCUGACAGUCCUGGAAACUCCAUCCUUCAUGAGGCCGCUGGAAGACAGAACAGUGGCCCGCGGUGAAACGGCUGUGCUGCAGUGUAUCGCCGGAGGGAGCCCAGCUCCUCGUCUUAAUUGGACCAAAGACGACGGACCUCUGGUCCUGACAGAGCGCCACUUCUUCGCCGCCGCCAACCAACUUCUCAUCAUAGUGGACGCCGGUCCAGCCGACGCAGGGAAAUACACGUGCAUCAUGUCGAACACUCUGGGCACGGAGCGCGGCCACAUCUACCUGAGCGUCUCCCCGUCACCCAACUGCGACACGGGCACCGGGUACGACCAGGACGGCUGGACGACCGUGGGCAUCGUGGUGAUUGUGGUGGUGUGCUGCGUGGUGGGAACCUCGCUGGUUUGGGUCAUCGUCAUCUACCACAUGCGCAGGAAGAGCGAGGACUACAGCAUCACCAACACAGAUGAGAUGAAUUUGCCGGCAGAUAUCCCCAGCUACCUGUCCUCUCAGGGGACUUUGUCAGAACCUCAAGAAGGCUACAGCAACUCUGAGGCCGGCAGCCACCAGCAGCUCAUGCCUCCGCUCUCCAAUGGAUACGUCCACAAAGGCACAGAUGGUGUGUGUUACGGAGACACGGGCAGCGAGGUGGAAACUGAAGGGAAUGGCAUGCUGCACUGCAGGGUUGGCUCUCUGUUCACCGGCCGCAGCAGCUUCCACCCUGGGGAGCCUCGUGAGGGACUAGCUGGAGUCUCCGCAGGCGGUGCAGGCUCACUGGUCAUCUGCUCCGACUGUUACGACAACGCAAACAUCUACUCUCGCACGCGAGAAUACUGCCCUUACUCCUACCUGGGCGACGACGAUCCGCUGGAAAGAAGCGUGCCGGGAGUAAAGGAGGGCUUAAAUGAGCAAGCCCACCACGGGGAUGCAGCACUGGAGAGCCUCAUUAGCAACCGAGACUCUUCGGACUUUCUUACCUCACACGACAAAAGGCUGAGCAGCCACGCUCCCCCGGAGCACUACGCUAACGAUUCCCUCAGCAGGUCGUUCUGGAGAGAGGAGGAAGACCCGUCUCCGAAACUACUUUCGGGGACUUCGCAGCUUCCAGUGACUGUAAACAGGACACCUCUGAAGUCUGCCGCCGACAGGGCAGUAGACCAGAACGAGAGAGAGGCGGACUGCUUAACCAGCCAGGAACACAGAAGUGCCUCUAACAGGACUAACUCUCAGGAGCGUCCGGCUCCCACAUAGAUCCUCCCAGUCUGGCCGUGUUUGGCCUCUGACUCUUUGUUGCUGCACCCUCCACGUCCCCAGCCUCCACCCUUCACCCGCUACCUCCAAAGAGACUCCUCAGAAUCUGCCAAAGAUGCUCUCUUGUAUGUUUACAUUCCCCUUUCACUCAAGAGGACAUGCUAACGUUUCCCACUGUGGACCGACUUGCUGCGUCAGAGCAGAGAAAUGAACCGGUGAUCAAAGUGACCUCCUCCUCGACAAGUCCUUCCUCCCUCGUCCUCCACGCCUCUUGGUUCCUGUACGGGAGAAAACUAUGAAUGUAUGCUUUAAAGAGCCAUGUCGGACGCUGCCAUGAGAGAGCGACGGGACACGGCGGCGUGUUCACGAGCUCGCUCUCCUCCAUCCCCGCUGCCGUUGGUUGACGUCGCCCCUGACGGCCCCGUCCGGUUUGGAGCCGGCGUCGCAGCAGCCUACAUGACUUGAGUAAAAGUGACGCGCACCUUCCAAUUAGACAGUCAGUCGGAGACAGGUGCGUCUGCCGCAACCAGCAGUCUUUGGUUAUUGAAAUUGGAAAGACCCUGAAACAUACCUCCCACAUUCCACAGCCAUCCUGACUGACUCCGAAAUAUGCUAUGGUCUCCUGUUAUGCAAGUCCCAGAGACAGUGACACCAGUCGUGGUGUAUAUUAUGAAUAUAUAUGAGUAUAUCCUGUAUUACCCUGAACUGAUCUUUGUUUUUCGUCCUGUAUCGAACACAGUUGUCCUUUCCAUAAUUUUAUGUCUUCGUGAUGAAGAGCAGUACGGGGAGAGGACGUACGACGUUUUUGUUUGCACAUGAGACAAUCACAGUUUUGCUGGCUAUUUUCCUUUGUUUGUUUUUUUUCCCUUGAAACUAGCAUUCUCAGUAGCCGUCAUCAGGUGGUGAAAUGACUUGUAUUCCACAUGCACUGAUAUGUUUUCCUUUUUUAACAUAUGGUACCGGCACUUAAUUUAAUGGUGGCAAACUUUCCAAUGCAGUGUGCAUGCAGAUUCACAUCAACAGAAUUUUAUCAGUUCUUUCCUCAGAAAGUUAACAAUCCUUCCGUAAAUAUUGAUUAAACCGAGGUUUUUUUUGCUUGGUACUGUGAAAAAUGAGAAUGUAUUAUUUGAUGUCUGUGUUUAUAAUAAUAGUUAUGUAUUCAAUUCCCGGUCCUGCGAGUCCACAUGCAGAGAGGUUUCAGACAUAUUAAGCUGCAGUAAUUUCAAAGCCAGUCGGUGCUCUUACUGGCCUCCAGCUUCCGUUGACCCCCGCACUGUCCAAAGGUUUGUUCACAGGUUGGUUCAAGUAAUGAGAUUAGGAUCUUGAUCAUUUGAUGCCUUCAAGCUUGAAAUACUCACACAGCUGCCAAGUUUAAACUGCACUUUCCAAAUGUCAACUGUCACUUUGAAGUGGUCCUGUGUCAUCUGGAUUUAUCUCAAGGAAAAAAAGAAAUUAACACUCAUCACUCUUUAAUUGGCUUAUUUAAUGAUGCCUUCACUUGCUCAGCAUGUUGGUAAAAUUGCACUUAGUCAUCAGCGUCUUGGUUGAACCCACGUUAAAUGAAUGCAUUUAAGUAGAACACAUCUCAGCUCAUUCAUAUUUUUAUCAAGGUAAAUGUGUGUUGUUGUUUUUUUGAUACUCAGACUGUUGUGGAGAUGUGUUCAUCCAACUGCAUGGUCAGAUCGUCGACACAUUGAAACACAGCCGCAUCAUUUCUCCCACCCCAUUAUGUCGCUGCGCGUAGAAACGGCUGUUAUAUUUAAUGUGGAACAUUUCAGCAGCGCGUCGCUCCGCCUUCACUCUAAUGACCAUGCAGUGGAUUCAACAUUUUCACUGAAACAGUUUCACCAUCAUGAAUCUCAUUCCUGCUACAUGACCGUUGUAGAAAUUGUGUGUCCUUGUUUUUGUGGAUGGGAUGUCAACACGGGUUGCCUUUCAUGCCCUUUGAUUUGGUUUCCGCUUGCUACACUGUGAGAAUUAUUACCGGCACGUUUCCUCGGCUGUCGAAGGAUCCGGCAUGUCGUAGUGACACAGAGUGUUCAAGGGUACAGAGAGGGAGAAUCAAUAAUGCUCAAAAGGUAAUCUACUUCGCGGGAAUGCGAUAAUGUGGCUCGAUACUGUGUUUUAAGGUCUAACAUGGCUGAAUGUGUGAUCUUUUUCGAAUAAUUCUGUGCGAUUGUUGAGAAUUUGAUGAAGCAGUUCCUUCGAGUCUGAGCAGCCGCGGUUUUUUUCCCCCCGACUCGUUUCUGUGUUUGCCUUUCGAUUACCAAAUCAGCACAUUCCAGGCAUACCCAUCUGAAUAUGAGAUCAACUACAAAUGUGAUCUCCAGCUGGUGUUGUUUUCAGAACUGAAGCUAAAGCCUAAACAGUCAUGUGCUAACACACUUCUCAGUUCUCUGAUAGCACACUCCUGCCGUUUCUUAUUAUUCUCCGACUGUUGGCCGAAGUCAAUUUCAUGCCCCUAUUGAGCAGUACAAAAAUUAAAACGAAAACUUGGGAGUGAUAAGUCAUCUUAAUGGAGCUACAUGUCCGUGGGGCGUCCCAUCGAUUUGUGUUCAAUACUCUCCACAAACACAAAAUAUGAUAAUGUGCAUUUGUUUGGUUUUGAUUCUCUGAAACGUCCUUUAUGACUUUAUACCAAAGUUCAGCAGUAACUGCUCUGGCAAUAUUCAAUGCUGCUUUUUGUUUUCUGUUUUUGUAUUGUUGGAAGUUUUUGCCUCCCCCCCAGUUGUGUUUUGGACUUUGUUUACCUGUACAUUCUGUAAAGCAUGUCUAAAGAGCCUUUUUGUUACAUAGCCAUUACUCGAACAUUAAACGUGAAUUCUGAUAAUUU